AGCAGCCGCGGAGUCGCCUGGCCCCCAGACUGACUGGCACAGUGGAGAAACCACCUCGAAAACGGAAAAGCAGAUCCUUUUUGGCUGUCUGGGAAGAGUGGGCAAAUCUCAGUCAGUUGGGUUUCUUUCUCCCAAGCUCUCUCCAUAUACUUCCAUGGGCCUCAGAAGCUUAUAUGCCUGCUUGGCAGUAUCCUCGGAGCUCUUCCUGGAUAGGGGAGCCCAUGAAGAAGGACUGAAUUUGCGCUUAAAGAAAUCAUGUCCUCUGGAGGUGCUGAAGAUGAUAUCCCACAAGGAGAGAGAAAAACAGUUACGGAUUUUUGUUACCUUCUGGAUAAGUCUAAGCAGCUGUUCAAUGGAUUAAGAGAUUUGCCACAAUAUGGGCAGAAGCAGUGGCAGUCCUAUUUUGGAAGAACUUUCGAUGUUUACACCAAACUCUGGAAGUUCCAGCAGCAGCAUCGACAAGUCUUGGAUAAUCGGUAUGGCUUGAAGCGGUGGCAAAUAGGGGAAAUUGCUUCUAAGAUUGGGCAGCUAUACUACCAUUAUUACCUACGCACAUCUGAGACCAGCUAUCUGAAUGAGGCUUUCUCCUUCUAUUCUGCAAUCAGACAGAGAUCAUAUUAUUCUCAAGUCAAUAAAGAGGACAGACCUGAGCUGGUUGUUAAGAAGCUACGAUACUAUGCAAGAUUUAUUGUAGUUUGUCUUCUGCUCAACAAAAUGGAUGUUGUGAAGGAUUUGGUGAAAGAAUUGUCAGAUGAAAUUGAAGAUUAUACUCACCGCUUUAAUACAGAAGAUCAAGUGGAAUGGAACCUGGUGCUUCAAGAAGUAGCAGCUUUCAUUGAGGCGGACCCCGUGAUGGUAUUAAAUGAUGAUAAUACCAUUGUGAUCACAUCUAAUCGUCUUGCUGAAACAGGAGCCCCAUUGCUGGAACAGGGCAUGAUUGUGGGACAAUUGUCUCUGGCUGAUGCACUCAUUAUUGGUAAUUGUAAUAACCAGGUUAAGUUUAGUGAACUAACUGUGGACAUGUUCCGGAUGUUACAAGCCCUGGAAAGGGAGCCAAUGAAUCUAGCUUCCCAGAUGAAUAAACCAGGAAUGCAGGAAUCAGCUGAUAAACCUACCAGACGAGAAAACCCCCACAAAUAUCUGCUCUACAAACCAACCUUCAGUCAACUAUACACAUUCUUAGCAGCAUCUUUUAAGGAGCUGCCUGCCAAUAGUGUGCUUCUGAUUUACCUGUCAGCCACUGGUGUUUUCCCCACAGGUCGUUCUGAUAGUGAAGGUCCUUAUGAUUUUGGAGGGGUACUUACUAAUAGUAAUCGGGAUAUUAUAAAUGGAGAUGCCAUCCACAAACGAAAUCAGUCCCACAAGGAAAUGCACUGCCUUCAUCCCGGAGACCUCUACCCUUUCACAAGGAAGCCCCUGUUUAUUAUUGUGGAUUCAUCCAACAGCGUUGCAUACAAGAAUUUCACAAACUUAUUUGGACAGCCACUAGUCUGCUUGCUUUCUCCUACAGCAUAUCCAAAAGCUUUACAAGAUCAAUCUCAACGAGGUAGCCUCUUCACUCUCUUUUUGAACAAUCCUCUAAUGGCCUUCCUAUUUGUCUCUGGAUUGUCAAGCAUGCGCAGAGGUCUUUGGGAAAAGUGUCAAGAAUAUCUUCGAAAAAUCAACCGUGAUAUUGCCCAGCUACUGACCCAUUCACGUUCAAUAGAUCAAGCAUUUCUCCAGUUUUUUGGAGAUGAGUUUCUUCGCUUGCUUCUUACAAGAUUUAUCUUUUGUUCAGCCACCAUGAGGAUGCACAAGAUUUUUCGGGAAACACGAAAUUAUCCAGAAUCAUACCCACAACUGCCAAGGGAUGAAACAGUGGAGAACCCUCAUCUCCAGAAGCACAUUCUGGAAUUAGCGUCCAUUCUGGAUGUUCGAAAUGUGUUCCUUGAGAGUACCAUAGAUGACUAUUAAAACUAACUCUGGUUGAAAAAUUUUUCAUUUGCCACAGAUUUUACAUGGUGCAGUUUUCUAAUGUGAUGACAGACAUAGUGGUGUUACUUAGUUUUAAUUUUUUAAUUUAAGGCCACCAUUUUAAAAAACUGAAAAAAUUGUUCAAACUUUUAGGGUAACUGUUUUAAAAUACAGUCUUUCAAGUCUUUUGAAAAACUCAAUCUUGGAAUUUUUACUUUUUAGUUUUGAGGUAUGGCUGUUUACCUCCAACAUCUAUCCCUACAUACAAAUAGUCAAUGUUCUCACCCUCAAAAGAGUAAAUCAUUUAUUUUUAUAUAAUGAGGAAAAUCCAACUCUUAUACUUGGACCUUAAAUGUAUGGAUUUAGAAAAUAUAUCAUUGUUCACAAAAAUGAAACUAGCCAGCAUGGACUAUUAAAGAUCAAGAACAGUCUUUCCAUAAUAUUUCUUUUCAUUCCAACUUAGUAGGUAGACAAAUGUGUGAUUCUUUGAAACAUAAUCAAAACAGUUUUUGAAAUCAUUUAAUUUAUUAAAUACUGUCAUAAUUUCAGAAACUGUAGAGGAUUGAUUUGCAUCAGAGAGUUAAAUCUUUGAUUGGAGUCUUAAGAUGAUAAAUACCAUUUGGAAUGUGUGAGCCCUGUGUUAUCAUGAGAUAUGCUGGCAUAUUUUGCUCUCUUUGUAAUGGGAAUGCUGGGGAAAAAAAAAGACUUUUAAGUAUUUCAGUCAAAAAAAUCAGAUGUUGGUUUCAUAAUACAAUGUUUCCACAAGGAAUUCUACUUAAACUCUUAAUUCAUGAUAUCAAGUUUAAAGACUAUCCAGAUUGAAGGCUGUGGCAUAUAGUACAGAGGUUAUAAUGUUUUUGCCUAGUUCACAUUUAUGAGACUUCAAAGUCAGAGAUGUUAUUUUAGUUGGGGGUAACUGAAUUGUUAUUUAACCUAAAAUGGAAGCAACUUUUGCAUUGACAAUUUGGAAAUAAGAUUUUUUACAAUACCUUAUCUUUAAUAUUUUAUAUUCAUGCACAAGUUUUUUAUUAUUUUAAGUAGGACUCGGUAUAUAAUAUAAAGUUUUUUUGUGUUUUUCUUCUCUGUCAUCCCCUUCAUAAUUUCAUAAGCAUUAGUGAUAAUGUUUUGGGUUUUUUCCCCCCUUAUUUUGACUCCACAGCAUUCAAGUUCAGAAAUCUAUGAACCAAAAGCCUAAUUUCUACCUAAUUUGCUGUACAGGCUCACAUUCUACCUCUGGCAGUCCCAGGGGAAAUAAGGUGAUUGCUUUUGGUGUCUCUUUCCUAUGUCCUUAGGGAAAUUUUACUGUAAUAUUUUUAACUUGGUUUUCAUUUCGGGCAUAGGGAAUUAUUUGGGUCUGAGUUAUUCAUAUGCCUGUUCCAGUUUGCUGAUUUUUCAUCUAAAGUCUUGAAAUUAUUUUUCUUGAGUUUAGGGGACUUCGUGGCAUUUUAUUCAUUUCUUUUUCAUUAUUUUUGUUUGUUCUUUUUUUUUUUUUUUUUUUUUUUUUUUUUGUUCUUUUAAACAUUAUUUCAGAAAGCUUUAGAAAACUUAUCCAGGAGGGAGAUUUCCUUUGCCUAGUGGGUUGUCUUUUUUUUUUUUUUUUUUUUUUAAUUUUUUUUAUUUAUUUUUGAUAGUCACAGAGAGAGAGAGAGGCAGAGACACAGGCAGAGGGAGAAGCAGGCUCUAUGCACCGGGAGCCUGAUGUGGGAUUCGAUCCCGGGUCUCCAGGAUCGCGCCCUGGGCCAAAGGCAGGCGCCAAACCGCUGCGCCACCCAGGGAUCCCCGGUUGUCUUUUUUUUUUAUAAGAUAAAGACUACUUUUCUGUUUUUUAGUACCUUUAUAAACUUCAUAGGUUUCCUUUCAUAAUGGUGUUCGCCUGGAUUACAGUAAUAGGCUGACCCCCUUGUUUCAGUUCCCCUGAAGUUGUGCGCCAGUAAUGUACCUGACAUCAUGUAUUUUCCUCUCUUCUGAUGCUUAAAAUAAUAUUCAUCCUCCUGAGCUUUAUUCUCACCUGCUUAGCAUUAAGAACACUGGUCUGAGAACUAGGAGACCUGAGUUCUAAUCCUGGCUUUGCUGGUAACUAGCUUUAUGCCCUUUGACAAGUGUCUUCAUGUUUCUGUUUUAUAGUAUUUUCAUCUGUAAAAUGAAGGCAUUAGCCCAAGGUUCCAUCUGGUUCUGUGGUUCUAUAGUUGCAAUCUUGAUUCCAAAAGAAUUAAUUUCUCUCCCCCGCCACCUGGAAAGUUGGUUUCCCUGAGUUUAGCAUAGAUAUUUUCUUUCCUAAGUCAUAUUUAGCUUAUUUUUGUUCACGAAAAUAUCUGGGUCUCAGUUAUUGUAGAAGCUAACCUUGUGAAGAAAUUAGAGCUUUUGUGAUUAGAAACAUAUUUGUCCAAGAACAAAGGGUCUUAGAAAUCACAAUGAGGGUUUAGAUGAUGGCAUUGUUCCUUGAGCUGAUAGUAAUUUCUUAUUGGCAGUUAAAAAUCUGAAGUGAGCCAAAGCAAUCUUGAAUCUUUAAGAAAAGAAAACUGUGGUAGAAAAUUCUAAACCUUUGUUUCAUUCAUGCCUUCAAAAGAAUGUGUACUGAACAACAGCUAUACUCCAGAUUUUGUUCUAGGCAUUGGGAAGCAAAUGAAAUAGACUUAAAAAUUCUUGUCUUCAUGAAGCUUAUAUUUUAGUAGAAGCUUAUAUUUUAGUAGAAGUAGAAGUAGUCAGGCAAUAAAAAUAACUUAUGUUAGAGAGUUGUUAGUUGUAUGAAGAAAGUUUAGAACACGGUAAGGGAAAUGUUUUGAUUGUUUUUGGGUUAAGAAGAGUGUCUGAGUGAUCAGGGUCAGCCUUAUUGAGAUUACAUUUGUGCAAAUACUUCUUCUUUCUUCCUCUCUUUUUCUUUCUCUCUUUUUCUUUCUACUUUAUAUAUGCUUGAAUAUGUAGCAUUUAAUGAACUGUCCUGUACCCCUCACCAAGCUUCUACAUUUUAAGACAUUACUUUAAGCAAGGACAAGAAAUGUAAAGGACAAUCACUCAUGGGUGUUGGCAAAGAAUUUCUUUCAAUGUAUACUCACACCCCUUUAUAAAUAUAAAAAUAUUAAGCCCCUUAUUUAAUUUUAGAAUUCAUAGAAAUUUACACAUUGGAACUAAGAGCAAAACAGAGCAAUGGAAAAAAGCACUUCUUUGUUUUCAAAUUGCACAAACUCCCCCUGGAGAUUCUGAUACAGUCUCUCACCUCCCUUAAGAAUCACUGCAAACAAAACAAAGUAGAGGAUUGAAGAAGUCCCUUACAUACAAGACAAUGUUAAGCACAAUGGAAUUAUUUUCUCUUUAUCCAUAUAUUUCUGAAGUGGGUAAAGCAGCUAUUUCUCCUAUUUCUCAGAAGGCUGAGACCCGAAAACACUAGGUUUACUCAUAGUGGCAGAGCUAGAACUAAAACUCAAAUCUCCUAACCACAGCCCAGUCUUUCUGGUAGCUCAGGUUGCUUUCUCUAAUGAACAAGAAAGAAAUAAUUAGAUAUUUCUAUUUUGGCACAAAAGGAUAAGGUAUUUUUUAAAUAUAUCAAAUAGCGAAACCAGAAAAUCAGUCAGCCCUAGCAAAUUUUUAUUUAUUAAUUAUGAAAAAUCCCCAGACAAUUUAGUGUUGAUUCUAGCCAAGAUAUAUUUUUUGUAUCUGUGUGUGUGUGUUAUUCUCCUAGGAAGUGGUGCUCUCAAAACCUCUCAAAGCACAUAGAAUUUACUGUACCCUUUAUAUUUUUACCAAGUUGAAAUGUUUUGAAAUUAUAAAAGCAAAAUGCAGACUAGUCAUGGCUGAAAUUUUCCUAAUACAGGAUCUGGAUUUUAUUUUAUUUCCUUACUUGUGGUUACUGCCCUUCAUUUUCUUCUUGUAGUAGAAUUCCCUGAAGCAUAUUAAGUGAUAAUUGUGCUGAAUUUCAUUGAGGAAAAGGGAAAAGCAUCCAGUCUGAUUUAAUCUGUCAAUUUGUGGAGCUUUCUUUAGCAUUCUUCUACAAAUUUAAUCUCUGACCUGUGAGACUUCAAAACUUCCUGUCUCUUAAAAGGGGUUUGAACUCCGUUGAAAAUCUUGUACUUAGUUAUCCACUUGUAAUCAGCCUGAUACAUAGAGAACAUUCUGGACUGAAAAUAUAUAGUAAGGUGCCAAGGUCAGCAAACUUGGCUACUGCCAGUGAUUCAGAACGACCUCCCUACCCUAAGUGAGUAAAAAGGUUUGAUAUGAAUAUGAAUGGUAUGAAUCUCCUGGUGAUAUUUUGGAUGUAUAUGUUCUGUGUGUCUUUGAAGAGUAUAAAGGGUAUUUACACGGAGGGCUCUUUUGUUGACCUUAUUUAUUUGAAAAUCUUAUUUUUUUUGUAAUUGCAUGUGUAUAUUUUUGUGAUGCUAAAUGCAAUCUCUGUGUAUACUUUUUUGUAUAUAUGUACAUAUUUGUAAAUAUAUUAUUAUGCAAUGAUGCAGUAUGUGUAUAUUAUAUACCCAUACCCAUUGUGGGCUGAAUUUAUUUAAGUUCUGUAAGGACAUCAUAGUGGCAUUGUUCAUGCUGCUGUAAUUAGGUUGUGGCUGUAUCUCAUUCGUGAGCCUCUAUUUUGAGGGGCUUGUGUUUGGGUAAAAUUGGCUAUUUUGGAGUUGGAAUUAGGAUGAAAAUCUUAACAGAAAGCAAGAUGUUUUUAGCUUUAAAAUCGCCUGCCAAUUUCCAUUUAAAUGGAUGAUAAAUUAGUGAUAUAAACCUGAAAGACCUUAUUGUGUGAAACUGAGACACCAGCAGGUCCUUAAGCUAUAUUAAUCCUUUAUUUUCUUGACCCAUAGUUGGGGAUUAUUACUGAGUAGUAUUUAUAUUGAGAAUUAAGGGGCUGUGGAAAAAAUUACUUUGAUCACAUUUCAAAAUAGAUAGGAAAAUGUCCUUUAAAUAGAGAAAUUUGUUUGUAGUUGCAAUGUCAAUACCUGAUACUAAAUUUUAAUUUGGGAAAAGUAUUUUCACCGAUGUGUCUCAUUUUAUAUCUGUCUCUGUGAGGCAGAAAACGGGGCAUUAGCUAGGGGAAGGCUGUACCUAGGUGGGGUGGGAUUUAAUAAGGAACAGGAGAUUAUUAAUCGUAUAUUUGCAGCAGCAGCUGUGAUUAAUUUAGUCGUCUCAGCGUUUCAGACUAUAGGUUUUUUUUAUUGGAGUUGCAUAUCAAAGAUGAGUAGGCUCAUCUGAGAAAAUGGUUCCAGUGAAUAAAAUGCCUCCAGUUGUAUUUCUUUGUCUCUAUGAGACCACUUGUGUUCUGCAAAUUGAUAUAUUCACACAUGAAAUAGCAAUUCUUAAUAUUUAGGUGCAUGGCAUGCUAUAAAAUCUGGGCCUGCAAACUUCUACCAUAGAUGAUGGGUGGGGGAGGAUAUCCUCUUAGAGGAUAGUAAAUAUGUGCAGUGCCAAUGUGUGAACAUGGAAUAUCACAGAGUAUCAAUGUUCAGUCUCUCCUAUCUUCACCUGGCAUGUGUAUUUGCAUGGACGAGUGUAGGAGAUCUUUAGUAUACACUUGAAUACAUUCACCGCAAAAAUUACGUAGAGGUCAUCUUUGCAUGAUGAAAUAUAAUUGCAAAACAACUGUUUACCCCAUUAUUUUUCAGAUGAUUACAUCUGAGUGAUACAAUAUUAAAUUAUCGUAAAUAGAGGUGUUUGAGUCAGAAGUCGCUUUUACCACCCAACAAAUGUCACGUUUGCCGCUUCAUUUUAUUUUUAAUAAGGAGCCAUCUAUUCAUAACACCUCUCAAUUACUAUUAAAUUUAAAAUAAAGUUAAUAUUUUAAUAUUAAAAUUUGGUAAUGUACUAUUUCUGAAAAAUCAGUGAAAAUGUGACAUUCUUUUGUUAUUGUAACUAAAUCACUUACUGCAAUUGGAGAGUAGCAGAGCAGAUGUUAUGCUGUUUAAAAUUCAUAGAUCUGACUCAGGCUCAGUGUGGACAUUAAUUUGAGAAAGGAGCAGCAAUAAGAAGUGCAGUAGAGAGAUUGACAUUGUGAAUAUGACCUCUGUUUCAAACAGAUGUAAAUACAAUUACUUUGUAGUUAAGUAAGGUAAGAAUUGCUUAGAAAACCAAGUCUAUUCCCCCCAUUCUGUACUCUUAGACAUUGAUACUUUAUUCCUAUUCAUGCAGCACCUCCUAGUCUUUUCUGGACACUGUGACCACUUUACCUUAAAAAAAAGAAAAAAGAAAAAAAGGCAACUCAUCUUCCUCAAAAUAAAAUUUCAGGACACGGUACUACACGGUGUUCCAGCUUCACUGAAUUUUUGGACAGAGACUUACUAAGCAUGCCUUGUGUUUAAGGAAAAAUAAUUGAUGUGUGAAUGGAAUCAAUCGCUUAUUGAAGGGAAGGGUGUCAGGAUAAUGUAGAGGGACAUACCCUUAAAUUGGGUAAAGAUAAGCAUAUUAAAUUAAGUGUAACUGAUUUGUUGGUGCCAUAGAAAUAUUUCCUUUGGAAGUCUGUAAAUAUGAGAUGUUUUCUUAAGCUAAAAUUGGUAUUUUUCACUUACUAGAUUGGUGUAACUUUUGACAAUUCCAUUUCUGUGUAACACUGUUAAUCCCUGAAGCACCAUUUUUUAAUUUUAAAAUGUUUGUUAAUUUCUUUUGCGUCUUCUUUAAAAGUUAUUAUCAAAUCUAAGCAGUGUGGUUUUUUUUUUAAACAUUAUUUGAACAGUAGAUUCAAUUUUUUAAUAAUUUAAAGUAUAUUUUAUUAAUUCUGUACUCCAGAUUCACUUAAGCCUAAGUUUGGUCAUAAAACAUAGUACAUAUUAGGAAUAUUUUCCUAUUUUGGUGAACAUUUCCAGUCUAUAUCCUAAGACAAUCAUCUUUUUAGGUGUAGUAUUGUUUAUUGAGACAUUGGUAAUUUCAGGGUUCAGAGUUUUACUCUUCUAAUAGGCUUAUGGAAUGAAAGUUAAUUGAGUGAUCCUAUCAUGUUCAGAAUGAGAUAGGGAAUUACAGCUAGCCUUCAUAUAGGUUUGCAGUAAAUGGUAUUUAAACUUUUAUAUCACUAAUAUUAUUUUCUCUUUUGAAGCUAUUGUGAAUAUCCACUUGUCUAUGAUGAAAAUUAAGAUUUGUUAACAUUAAAAUUUGACCCAUAAGUUUUCUCAAACAUCAAAUCACUAUGAUCAACCAUUGUAAAAUGUGAAAUGAUAAUCCCAAAAUAAAUACUUCCAAACCAUAGAAAAAUAACCGCUGCAUUAUUAAAAAUUUUAUUCCUACCCUCCUUUGCAGGUUAUGAUUUUUCCUAAUUUAUAUGUUGUGAUGCAUUUAAAAUCUGCAGGAAAAAAAAUUGCUUAGAGUGUUUUAGGACAAUAAGAAUUUUUAUUAUUUCCUGAAGAAUGAGGGUUUUUUUUUUAAAGCUCUUGGUUAUCUUAUAAAAAAUAACUCUCGAUGGUUCAGUAAAAUAUUUUAGGACUUCAUGUUCAUAGCUUUUUAUAGUUAUUGGAUUACAUUCCUUUUGCCACAUAGACCAUAUGGCUAGUUCUCCAAUGAUUUGUUUGUUUUUAAUAAACCUUGCUGUUCAACAAUCAGAGUCUUAUAUUUUGGAGACUUCUUCCAGUUGAGGUAGACAGGACUUAAAUAUUAGGAAAGCCAGAUACAGUGUCCUAACAUUUUCACAGUAUAACUUACAAGUGAAGGAAAUUAUCCAAAUAGGUUAUCUUCAUUGUGUAGCACCAAUAUGAAUAGUAAUUCCAUUAAUUGUUGAAUCAUAUGAAGCAGUUAUAAAUCAUUUCUUACUUUGCUCUAAAAAUUAUUGUCAUUUCAGGCCACAUUUAUUCUUUUCCCUGGGCAGUUUCCAUUGUAAGGUUGAAUAUCCUUUUUCUUUAUUCAAAUCAUCACUAAAGGUUAAGCUAAUCACAUAGGAGUUAAAAUAAGUUAUGUUUGAUCUUUUUCCCUGGAAAUAAUGGUGAACCUCUUGUCUAUAUUAUGGAUAUUAGGCAUAAAUGCACUUGUUUCAAUCAUAGCAGAACCAUUUGGAGAAUACAAUUACUUGAUUUUGUAGUGGUGUGAAAUACUUUUUAAAAAUUGUGCUCAUCUGUAACUGAAAUGUUAUAGAAUUGUAACACUAUAGAGAAUAUAGAGUUAUAUUAAUUAGCUCUCCUCAAGAGAUUGAAGCACAAUAAUUUUCAUGUAACAGUUCUUAUCCAAGUGCUGCUAAUCUUUGUGCAAAUAAUGAAGCUAUAUGGUUGCCUAUCUAGCUAUUCACAAAUCACUGUAAUCCUUGAGACGUAGUCUUGUUGCUCAUUUGUACUAAAUUUUGGGUAUUGUGGGUUAAUAUUUUAGAUCAAAAUCUGUCAACUCAGCUCUGUGAGACAGCAAACCAUUUGGAUUCAUUUUAUGUUUUAUAUGUGUCAUCAGUAGAAUAAAUUUUGAAGGGGCUAUUUACUACCAAUGACUAAAGGGGAAAAUUAUAUUGUCAAUGUCAUUUGACUUGAACAUUUGUGGUAUUGUGAAAGUCUAUUUGUUGUGUUUCUGAAUUGCUUAAGCCAUACAUACUCCUAAGGAUGUUUUCCUGUCGUGUUCCUUUUCAGCAGCCUUUUUCUGCUUUGUCUGUUAUGGUUAAUAUUUCAUAGAUUUUAGAAACUGAGAAGUUACUGAAACAUUUUAUUUUCUUGAGUUCAUCACUUUCAACUCUUGUAUGAUGUGUGAUUUGUCAUAAAGGAUAGCAAGCCUUUCACUGAACUACUUCACUAAAUGAAUUUCAUAGUAAACACUGUGAUUUUGCAGAGUGGAUUCAGUAGGCCCUUCUUUGCAACGUUUUUGUCUAUUACAGUGCCUACCACCUUUAGGGCACUAAUGGUAGAGGAUGGAAAGUUGAACGUUUUGAUGUUUAUUGAAUAACAAGAUUACAGAAAAUUUGAUUUUUGUUGUCUGUAUUGAAAACAUUUUUGCAUUGAUAAAUGUUCUCUAGGAAUGUGACUACAUUCAUCAGGUGUGAACUCUUGUAAAUGAAUUUUGUAUCUUGAAUCCACGUGUAUAUUAAGUGUAUCAUCAAUAUAAAAAUAAACAUUAUUUGCUUAA